CAUAAAAUUUUGCUGGGGAUUGACUCGUAUUUUUUUUUUGGCUUUAGGAUUUAUCAGUAUAUGUACCUUGAACCUAUUUAUGAAAAUUUAUUAUCAGAAAUUAAAAGAGGCCGUAGAAAAUAAGAGGGUUUUAGGAAAAGAGAGAAUUCUUUUAGACGCACUCGUGUUCACCGGAAUCGGACUUUUCUGAUAAUCGGUCCACAGCAAAGAGUGAACACAGGUUCCCCACGGCGGCGGCGGCGCGUGCGGGAAAGAAAAUGGUGGUGAAGAAAGGGAACAGAGGCGGAAUGGGAGGGGAAGAUGCAGAGGAGGAAUUGAAGCGUGACCCCCUACAGGCCAUCCUGUUGGCCGAUAGCUUUGCCACUCUCUUUCGUCCAAUUACCUUGGAACGCCCUAAAGUACUCUUACCGAUAGUUAAUGCGCCUAUGAUUGACUAUACCUUAGCAUGGCUUGAAUCUGCCGGAGUUGAAGAAGUUUUUGUGUUUUGCUGUGCUCAUUCCAAGCAAGUGAUUAACUAUUUGCAAAACUCCGAUUGGUUUGAUCAGCCGAACUUUUCUGUGACUACAAUAGAAUCAUACAAUUCAACAAGUGCUGGAGAUGCUCUGCGAUUGAUAUAUGAAAAGAAUGUGAUAAAUGGAGAUUUCAUCCUUGUUACUGGAGAUACAGUGAGCAACAUGUCACUUACACAGGCACUUAAAGAACACAAGGAGAGGAGAAGAAAAGACAGCAAUGCAGUUAUGACCAUGGUCAUUAAACAGUCAAAGCCAUCUUCUAAAACUCAUCAAACUCGUCUUGGAACAGAGGAGCUGUUUAUAGCAAUUGAUCCAGAUACAAAGCAGCUCCUGCAUUACGAGGAUAAGGCUGAUACGUUGAAAGGGACAGUCUCUCUGGACAAGGGAUUGUUGAUUGAAAAUUCAUUUGUAUCACUCCACAAUGAUAAGCAGGAUUGCUACAUUGACAUAUGCUCCCCAGAGGUUUUAAGUCUUUUUACAGACAAUUUUGACUACCAGCAUUUACGUCGUCACUUUGUCAAGGGGUUACUUGUUGAUGAUAUUAUGGGUUACAAGAUUUUCACCCAUGAAAUUCAUUCAAGUUAUGCGGCUAGGAUUGAUAAUUAUCGGAGCUACGACACCAUCAGUAAAGACAUAAUACAGAGGUGGACUUAUCCUUUGGUUCCUGAUGUUCAGUUCUUUGGGAAUUCUGUGGCAAAGCCUGAAAGACAGGGAACAUAUCGUGCAUCAGACGUAGGACUAUCACGUUUUGCAAAAAUCGGCCCUUUUACUGUAAUUGGAAGUGGUACCACAGUCGGAAGUUACACCGAAGUAUCAAAUUCCGUCAUUGGAGAAGGUUGUAUAAUUGGAUCAAAUGUUUCAAUUGAUGGGUGCUAUAUUUGGGAUAACGUUACCAUUGAGGAUGGCUGUAAAUUAAAGCAUGCAAUAGUAUGUGACGGGGUGAUAAUCAAGUCCGAAGCAGUUCUUGAAGCUGGUGUUGUUUUGUCUUUCAAGGUCGUAAUUGGACAAGGGUUUGUUGUACCUGCUUACUCAAAGGUUUCUCUACUUCAACAGCCUGUCAAACAAGACAGUGAUGAAGAGCUGGAAUAUGCUGAUAACAACAGUGGACCCAUAGAAACUACAUCAAUUUCUAAUACACCUGAGUAUUUUGAGGACGAGUUGAAGACCGAGUUAUCUGAUUCGCAAAUGCAAGCUGUAUCCGAGGUUGGUAAUGGUGGGCUUGGCUUUAUUUGGUCGGUUAGUGAGGGAGCACAUGAAGAUGAAUGGAGGCAUUCAGUAGCACCAAUACCCGUAGAUCGACUCGUUGAAAUCAUUAAAAAACAGGCUGCUGAACUAGAGAUAUCAAAUGACGACGGCAAUAUUCUUCCACCUUCAGGAGAGCUGGAGCCCAAUUCUAUGAAUGAUUCUGAUGAAGAUGCCAGAGAUGAUGAUGCCCACUUUGAGAAGGAGGUGGAAGCAACUUUUCUAAGGGCUGUAGACGAAAAUGUCAAAGAAGAACAUGUAAUAUUAGAAGUCAAUUCGCUGCGGUUGUCAUACAAUCUUACUGCUACUGAUUGUGCUAGUGCAUUAUUCUAUGCGAUUAUGAAGUUGGCGUUGGAUACUCCACAUGGUUCACCUGGCGAACUUGUUAAAAAUGUUGCUGGUGUGAUUUUGAAAUGGAAUAAGGUUUUGAAGUAUUACCUGGCUAGCAUAGAUGACGAGAUUGAGGUGAUCCAAAAAUUUGAAGAAAUGUGUUUGGACUCUACAGAAUACUCGACGCUUUUUGUUGAGAUUUUGCAUCUUCUAUACGACAAAGAUGUUUUACAAGAAGAUGCUAUACUGAAUUGGGCAUCAGAAAAGGAAGAGGCAGAGGACUCGGAUAAACUUUUUGUGAAGCAAGCAGAGAAAUUCAUCCAGUGGCUGAAUGAGGCAUCAGAAGAAGAAGAGGAAGAGGAGUGACGCAAGUCUGGAUUAUAUAUCUUCAUCUGCUUUCCAGUAUCAGACACUCGGGAAUCUUUGUCAUUUUGUAUACAACGCAUUAUUUUUUAAUUUUCAACAUAGCUUAUUAGUUAGUUUAAUCACUAAUCUCUCUGCCAUUUUGCUAAUGUUUAAAGUUUUGUGAACAGUGAAUCUUGAACUUGAUGAUUUAAAAAGUGCUUGCUAAAGUCCUUUUGGAUUGGUUUAUAUGAAAAAUGUUAGUACCCAAAAAUAAUAAAGAGAGGUUUUGUGCUA